AUGGAACAAUCUAGUGAAAAUCAAAGAGUGAGUUGGAGGAAUAUGGAUGUAGUAAAAACUUUUUUGGAGACUUGUAUUCAAGAAGUUUCUCUAAAUGGAAGACUUGGAAGUAGUUUGAAGCCAGAUUCGUGGAAUAAAGUUAGACAAGUGUUGGAGACUACUCAUUCUUUCAUUGCAAAUCAAAAGCAAAUGAAGAAUCAUUUUGAUUAUCUAAAGGAUAAAUAUCAAGCUUGGUUUCCAAUAACUAAGAAAACAGAGACUAUUUAUGAUCCUACAACUAAUACCAUUCUUAUGUCAAAUGCUGAAUGGGAUGAAGCACUCUUUGAUGGUACUACUGCAACCGGAGUUUAUGGUUGGAGUCCUAGUUGUACAAUUCCUCGACCUGUUACCUCAUCUACAUCUCCUAAUAUGGAGACAGAUGCUUUUUCUGAAGAAAGUGCACCUAGUAACCAAAAUGAUGACGCUGUAAACACUUCUCCAUCUCAAUAUUCAAAUCCUUUAGGAGGACAAAAGAAGAAAAGAAAGCUCUCGUCUCAAUAA